AUGGCUCCUACUGUUUUGGGAAAGAGGACUCGCAGUGCGGCAAACGCAGCUACUCCAGAAUCAAAAUUAAACGUCGCAACUCGCGCGAAACGGAGCCAGUUUGUCAUUCACGAUGAGGGAGAAAAUGAGAACCCGUUUGUCACUCCGAAGAAGCAAAAUGUGCGGGAUCUCGAUGCAAUGGAUGUGGAUGAGCCGGAGGAGAAGCCAUCGACAAGACGUGGCAGGAAGACUGGUUCGACACCUGCCAAACAUGGCGCGCCUGGUACACGACUUCCACUUUCGCCAUCAAAAGAAAACUCUCCACGGAAGGCGCUUGUUGAUAUACCGGAGAAGUUUGCGCCUACUCCUUCAACACCACGACAUCGUGACGCUCUUGCCGGCAAGGUCGCAGUCACGCCAAGACAUCGGCUCAUUAUUGCGGGACGGCCAUUGACACCCCGCACACCACUCACGCCAGGCACUCCCCGACAUACAGCACCCACAGUCUACAAUGAAGCGCGCCAGGUUUUCUCCAGGGGUUCCGCACCUACAGCGCUAUUCGGGAGAGAGCAGGAAAGAAAAGAGCUCCAGACUUUCAUCACUACGCGAACGAAAAGUCACAAAUCGGGAUGCAUCUACGUUUCUGGCCCGCCAGGUACUGGAAAGAGCGCUUUCGUCAAUGAUGUCUGCCGGACAGUAUCAUCGGAAGCCUCUGUUAGAACUGGUUACAUCAACUGCAUGAGCGUCAAGAAUGCGGUGGAUUUGUACCGGACACUUUUGGAGGAGUUUGUGGACAUUACUGAGGUUGCGGAGGGCGAGGAAAUGGAGACACUCAAGAAUCUAUUUAUGCAACGCAAGACGUCAUAUGUGGUUACGCUGGACGAAGUGGACCAUCUCCUGGAACUAGACAUCGACCUCUUCUACAACAUUUUUGAAUGGUCGCUCCAAAAGUCGUCUGGCCUGGUACUUGUCGGUAUUGCGAACGCGCUCGACCUCACAGAUCGAUUUCUCCCACGACUCAAGGCUCGUGGUCUCAAGCCUCAGCUACUGCCUUUCCUUCCGUACAACGCAGCACAAAUCUCCUCGGUCAUCACUUCAAAACUGAAGGCACUCCUACCAGCCGGCGUAGGCCAAUUGCCGUUUAUCCAUCCCACCGCCAUCAUGUUUCUUUCCAAGAAGGUUGCAGCACAAUCCGGUGAUCUUCGAAAAGCCUUUGACAUCUGCCGGCGAGCAAUCGAUCUGAUUGAAGCCGACACCCGGGAUCAACACAUCAAAAAAGCCAGUGAAAUCACACCAUCGCCCACUCCCUCGCCAACAAAAACGCCACUGGUCGAAAACAUCAACCUCGCAUCGUCAGCUCCACGCUCCCCCACCAAGACAAAGGACCUCAACAACGUCAUCUCCGCAUCUCUAGCCUCCCUUACAGUCGAAACAGCCCCACGCGCAACAAUUGCCCACAUGGCCAAAAUCACAGCCGCAGUCUUCAGCAACGGCACCAGCCAACGUCUCCGAAACCUAAACCUCCAACAAAAAGCCGUUCUCUGCUCUCUCUCCGCCAUCGAAAAGCAGAAACGCGCUUCAGCUGCCGACAGCGUCCUCAGCACACCAUCAAGAUCCCACACCACUUCCCCCACCAUCAAAGAACUCUUCGAAGCCUACACCGUACUGUGCAAGCGCGAGAACAUUCUUCAUCCGCUCACCAGCACCGAGUUCCGCGAUAUUGUGGGCAGUUUGGAGACGCUAUCUUUGGUGUCGGCUGUGGAGGGCAAGGCGGGUUCGUUGGAUGUCGGGGCUGGUACCCCGAGUCGACGCGGGAGGGGCAAGGCGUUUCCGGGCGUAGUGGUCGAAGAUAGGAGGGUUGCUAGUGUGGUUGGGGAGAAGGAGUUGAGGGAUGCGCUUGUUGGGCCUGGGGCUAGUAUUCUGAGGGGAAUUCUUGAGGGAAAUAGUUAG